AUGGAGGGUUUUGAAGAAAACUUUCAGGUUUUGGAAUCACAACAACUUGGCAGGUUUGUGGUGGCGAAGCGCGACCUGGCUCGAGGUGAGCAAAUCCUACUGGAGGAACCAUAUGUGACCGGUCCGUACUGGGAUGCCGACGUUAGUUGCUUGAACUGCUUCAGGGAUUCAUGCUCCACGUGCCACAAGUGUGGAGCUGUUCCACUUUGUUACGAUUGCGUAGAUCAUGAGGAGGCGGAGUGCCAUUUCUAUCGGACGUCCCAGUUGGAUAGGCAUUUCAUUUACAACCACUUCAACGUGAUUAUGCCGGUGCGCUGUUUGUUGCUGUACAGAAGCAAUCGGGAACGGUACGACGAGGUGAUGGCCAUGGAAGCUCGCCUGGAGGAGCGCAGGGGAACGGAGAUCUGGGACAUUCACGAGAAGUAUGUCGUGAAACCAUUGCUGGAGAGUGGAAUUUUCGGGCAGUUCGAAGAUUUGGAAGUCACCGGAGAGCUGAUUCAGCGGAUCUGCGGCCUGUUGGAUGCCAAUACGUUUGAGAUUCGAGGCAAUGUGGACAGCCGUGGGGUGCAGAUGAGUAACUUGGCUCGAGGUCUCUAUCCAAAGACGGCUUUGAUGACGCAUAAUUGUAUGCCGAACACGCUGCUGUCGGUCGAUGGGUACUCCAAUGUGCGGGUAUUUACGACGGUUCCGGUGAAGAUGGGCGAAAUAUUGCACAUCAGCUACACGAGAAGUUUGUUUGGUACUUAUGAUCGUCAAACGCAUCUUCGAAAAGGCAAAUUUUUCAUUUGCACCUGCAAACGUUGCAAGGAUCCAACGGAGCUGGGAACUCAUCUGAGUUCGAUCAGGUGUACGGAAUGUGAUGAGGGACUUUGCUCGUUCUAUGCAAGCGAUCCAAAAUGGGAGUGCAACAAGUGUCACAAACUUCUGAAGCGAGAGUACGUCAACGAAGUGAUGUGUACUGCCCGGGAAGAGAUUAUGGCUUGUCCUCUAGAAGUCCGUGCCCUCGAACGGGUAAUCGGCAAGCAUUCAAAAGUGCUAAAUCCACACCACUCGCUAGUGAUGGAAGCCAAACAGACGCUGGUGGGUGAGCUCAGGACAAUCUGCCUGUCCACGGAACCGGCCAGCGUACCGAAGCCGGUCCUAAGGCGAAAAUUCGAACUUUGCGAGGAAAUUCUGUCGGUGCUGCGCAUCCUGGAACCGGGCCUAUCUCGACUGGUCGGUAUCGCCUUGUACGAGUACCAUGUUGCACUCGUCGAACUAUCCCGGAGGAAUUUCGACACGACGGAAAUCAGAUCCCACGAUCUGUUGGACAACUUGAUCAAAGCGGAAGGUGAGCUGAAGCAAGCCAUCAGUAUGCUACUGUUCGAGCAUAGUACCACGCCGGAGGGUCAGCUCGCCAAACGGGCGAUGCGAGAGCUGAAGGAGCUGCGUGCGGAAAUUGCAGUAGUUCGAGCGAUGAUUGAAGAUGAAAAGCUGGAACCGCAGAGUCGUAACCAGAGGGGCAACAGCAAUGCGAACAACAAUUAUAGGCUUAAGUUUGGCAAGCGUCGAUAGAGCGUGGCCACGUUUUGUUGUUGUCGUUGUUAAUGUACGGUGUCAAUCUUCGUAAUUUUCCAGUUAAGUUUUUACAAAGGAAGGUUCUCAAUUCUUCUACCAGAACGAUCCAACACGUUACGGCUCUUUGUUUUGUGUUUUACCUCUUGAUUCUUUUUUAUUUGAUUUUCAUUGAGUUUUGUUUUUCUUUCAUUUUUCCAUUUGUUGUCUUCAUUGAUUAAUAAUAUAUUCUUACUCUUGUGCAACGAGAAAUACAGAAGAAAACUUCUUAAAAUAUCUAUUUUUUGUUUCAAUGUAACAGAGACGGGAUUAAAAUUCAUUGUGUUCUUGUUCUUCAAUUAUGUUUUUCUCUUUUUUUCAUUUCUCAUUAAUUGAUUCCAUUUGUUUUCACAUUGCUACUACAUAUAUAGACACCGUCAUGCUUCCAGGGCAGGCCCGACUGACUUCAGCUCAGAUUCCAAUGACUUUUGCGAAAACUUGUGUCAUCCACGGUCACUGCGCUUUUCGCUUUUUCCAGCUGGGGCUGCCCGAAGUAAUCCGGCGCUAUAAAUCACGAUAGAGUCAAUAUAUUGUAUGUUCGUUAGGUUUUUAGUGUGUGAAUAUUUGUGCUACUUAAAACAACCGAAAAAUUGGAGAAAUAGCGGAUUUUACUUUUUGCCUUUUUUUUUUUGCUACUGCCCUUCCGUUCGUGUUCGUUAGAAAAGGGGAGCGAACCGCGCCGGGAGGGAACAACGAAAUACGAAAACCGACUCUGGGGAGGGGGACAACGAUUUAAAACACGCUAACGUCAUACAAUUUAGCGUUGGUGCAAAAUUUGCUUUUCAUUUUUGUUUUGUAUUGUUUGCUUAGAGUCCUUUAUCACAUUCUACCUAUUUUGCUUUAUUCAAAAUCAUUUCAUUAUUGAUUAAUUUGCUUUGCUUUGAUGUUUUACUUUUUUUUUAAGGUUUACUGCUUCUGUUGGUUUAAAUUUAACCGUUUCAGCGUAAAAACGAGAAAGGGCCUCUACAAACAGUCAUGAUUUAGAAAAAGGUGUCUGUUAGAAUCUAAAAUACGGUACCUUUGCGUUGGUGGUUUCGCUAUUAUGAUUUUUCGUUCUAUUUGUUUGUUCUAAUUUCAUUUCUUUUUCCUCUUUCUAGAAUUUGCGUUUUUUGAUUUCCGCUUCCCUGCACGACGUCAACUGGUUCAAACGAUAUUCUCUUUUUGCACAAAGUUUUUUUUUUGUUGUUGUUGUAAUUCUGUCUCAUUGUCGUCCUUUUCUCGUCCAAUUAGUUAAAACCAACCUAAUAUGCCUUAGUUUGUAUGUAUCAUUGUUUUGUUUUUGUUUUUUAUUUGUUCCACUUUUUCCUUCAUUUUCCAGCGUUCUCUAGUAGAAAUUGGAAAUUGUUUACGAAAAUAUCACUACCACAAUAAGAUGAGAGCUAACGGAGCGCGGUUUGCUCGGGGGAGCAGAAGGGAACAGAGAUCGUGGCGACAACCGGUCUCAAUCCCCCUCUCCCCCGCGAAACCCCGCAUUCCACAGUAAAUUGUCUUAUAAAACUAGCAUCUACUACAAAAAUAAUAAUUAGUUUUUUUGUUUUGUUUGUU